AUGAAGGAAACGAACAUUGCAGGCUGCCAGAUUGAGCGGACAAAUCCCAGCAGCCCGCGGAAAAGGGGCGGAGGGAAGGAGGAGGAAGAGGAAAAAGGAGAAGAAGAAGAAGAAGAAGAUGAUGAUGAUGAUGAUGAUGAAGAAGAAGAAGAAGAAGAAGAAGAAGAAGAAGAAAGAGCGUAUUGCUUCCUGAUUGUCGGUUUCGACUGCAGAAGCUGCAGUCUGUGGGCCGCGGCCAUUAUGCAGACGUCGUGA